UAUGAGCAGAGUUCUGCAUUAGUGGGUAGAUAGCUAUGACCCCAUUUUACAGAUUGGGAAAGCUCUGUGUGGCAGAACAAAAAAACUCUGAAUCCUUCUACUCGAAGUUCUGACAGGAGUGGGUAAGACAAUAUGUUGUCUCCUUCCUAUACUGGUGAUUAUUCAAUAUGUUGGCUCAAGAAAUAAUGUAUAUUACUUUAAAAGACUGGAAAUCUAUUUUUCUGUUUUUCAUCUCAUGUUUUCACCUAUCACAUCUAUAACCCCAUACUUUAAACAUCUCACUUUGGGCAUAGGUUAUAUAUAUAUAUUUCACUUCUGUGUAGUAUACUAACGAGUAAAUUGGUUAUUUAUUUUGAUUACUACAUUAUCAUUGUUUUGUUAUUUAGAAUUUGCUGAAAACACUGAAAACUUGAAGACCAAAAUGUCGGAACUAAGACUCUACUGUGACCUCCUUGUUCAGCAAGUAGAGAAAACAAAAGAAGUGACCACAACUGGUGUGUCCAAUUCUGAGGAGGGAAUUGAUGUGGGAACUCUGCUGAAAUCAACCUGCAAUACUUUUCUGAAGACCUUGGAAGAAUGCAUGCAGAUCGCAAACGCUGCCUUCACCUCUGAGCUGCUCUACCGUACUCCCCCAGGAUCACCACAGCUGGCCGUGCUCAAGUCCAACAAGAUGAAACAUCCUAUCAUACCAAUUCAUAAUUCAUUGGAAAGGCAAAUGGAUUUGAACAGUUGUGAAAAUGGAUCUUUAAAUAUGGAAAUAAAUGAUUAUGAAGAAAUCGUAAUGAAAAACAAGAGCUCCUUAUAUUUGAAAUCUGCAGAGAUAGACUGUAGCAUAUCAAGUGAAGAAAAUACAGAUGAUAAUAUAACAGUCCAAAGUGAAAUAGUGAAGGAAGAUGGAGAAGAAAACCUGAGAAAUCAUGACAGCAAGUUGGCACAGCCUGGAUCAGACUCCUCAAGUUGCUCUCCAGAAUCUCACUGGGAAGAAGGCAAAGAAGUUAUCCCAACUUUCUUUAGUACCAUGAACACCAGCUUUAGUGACAUUGAACUUCUGGAAGACAGUGGCAUUCCCACAGAAGCAUUCUUGGCAUCAUGUUAUGCUGUGGUUCCAGUAUUAGACAAACUUGGCCCUACGGUAUUUGCUCCUGUUAAGAUGGAUCUCGUUGGAAAUAUUAAGAAAGUAAAUCAGAAGUAUAUAACCAACAAGGACGAGUUUACCACUCUCCAGAAGAUAGUGCUGCACGAAGUAGAGGCAGAUGUGGCCCAGGUUAGGAACUCAGCUACUGAAGCCCUCUUAUGGCUGAAGAGAGGUCUCAAAUUUUUGAAGGGAUUUUUGACAGAAGUGAAAAAUGGGGAAAAGGAUAUCCAGACAGCCCUGAAUAACGCGUAUGGUAAAACACUGCGGCAACACCAUGGCUGGGUAGUUCGAGGAGUUUUUGCAUUAGCUCUGAGAGCAGCUCCAUCCUAUGAAGAUUUUGUGGCCGCGUUGACUAUAAAGGAAGGUGACCACCAGAAAGAAGCUUUCAGUAUUGGGAUGCAGAGGGACCUCAGCCUUUACCUCCCUGCCAUGGAAAAGCAGCUGGCCAUACUGGACACCUUAUACGAGGUCCACGGGCUGGAGUCUGAUGAGGUGGUAUGACAGCUGCAGGACAGCACCUCCUAACUUCAGGGAAUAAAGUUUGCUAAAGUGUUUUGUUGCCCUACUUAAUUUCCAGCAACAGCCUCAAUCCUCUCCAGCCCCUUCACUUGGGAGGAUGGAGAGGAGGCGGCAAAACCAGUGCUUUUAUAUAUAAUUUUUUUAAUGCAUAUGUGUUUUGUGUGUUUAAAGAUCAAGGUGCUAUAUAUUUCAGUUCAAUGGGCCUACUGGAAACCAAAUCAUAGCUGUUACACACUUGAACAGCAAGUUAUAAGCAGAUUUGACAAAUGAAUUUGUUGUUAUUAUGUAUUGUUUUGUUUAUAGAUUUUAGUUUUAAUGGACCACCCAAACCCAAGCUGAAAACGAGCAAAUUCUGUAUCAAAGACUAUAGUUCAUAGCCAGUAUUUCAACCAGUUUAGAAUUAGACUAAACACUUGGAGGGAGUGUAAGUCCCUUUGUUGAACCCUUUGUGAUGUAGAGUUUACUAUUCCGAGACAUUCUUCAGUGGAUCCUCUUCUCCGUGGCUCUGUCAGCAGUAAGAGCCUGUAUGGUAGAGAUGUUCAGAGCAUUUGCAUGUCCAAGCAGUUGUGGGAGGUGGAGAAGACAUGGACAAGGAGUGCCAUGCGUGUUGACAGGCAGUGGACCGUGGCUCUGAGUAGAUCAGUGGCGUGCCCAAAACCCAAGUUGGAGGACAGUGUGGGAGAAGUGGGACAGGUCGUUUGCGGUGACACCUAGCUAGUGCCUACCCUUUGCCAGCAUGUUUCCCGUGCAUUAUCUCAACUGGACAUCGCAAGGAAACCAUGAUACUCAAAGGGGUUAUUACACCACUUCAAAAGCAAGGUUUAGAGGUCAAGGGAUGUGCUCACAGUCACAUAAUCUGUAAGUAGAGAGCUAGGUGAUUUCCAAGUAUGACCUGAGCCACCUCUGCAUCAGAGUCACAUGGAGUGCGUAUUCAAAGAGCAGGUUCCCAGGCCUUACCCUGACCCAAAGAACCAGAAUCUGGGGGGUGGGACUCAGGAAUCUGCGUUUGGAUAAACCCUCCUGCACAGUGUUGAAGAGCCACUAGAUUAAAUUCUGGUUUACCGAAUUCCCAGUCUUCUGCAACAGCUAAAUGACAUGUCCUUUUUUCAUAGAGGAAAAGGUCAUUUAUUUAAGUAAAACAGCUAAAUAGAGAGUGAGAAGUGGAGCAAGUUUACUCAGCAGCAUUCGUAAUUGAACCAGCAUCGGGACCCAGCUUUGGCAUUGCUUUAGGGAUCACGGCUCUGAGUCUGAUCAAUCUUGGUAUAAUCACCAAGAGUGCAGAGCAAGCUAAAUGCUGCUGUUCAUCAACCUCAAAAGGUUUGGGACAGUGUCAGAUGUUAAAGAUAGGGCUUAAGUAUUUCAUAAAACAACGUUGGGUGUGUUUUCUUCUGCCCAGUGUGAUGCCCAGGCUCUGGCCCUCUACUCCCAGUAGAAUAAGCCGCGUAGAGUGCACUGGAGAGAAGCCAUGGGUGCCUUCCCCAUUAGAGGCUAUUUCCUUCUAUAGUAACAGAAGAGUAAGUAGUUCCAGCAUAAGGCAGUUCCCCAGGGUGGAAGCUGCUCGAGUGAAUUGAGCAGCUCUAGAUGGUGCUAUUCCUCCUGCGGAUCCCUGGGGCAGAGCAGCUCCUCUCUUUAGGCAGAGAGGUUCAUGUAGGGAGGGAGAUUGAUUUUGUCUUUCGUCUGUCUUUAACCAGAUGAGCAUUUAUUUAGCUUAAAUUAAUGAAGCAGGUAAUUUGUCCACAUAAGGACUUCUGGAAAAUGCUUAUAACUUAGAAAAGCAACCUCGUGUGUUUUAAGUCUGGGGGAUGAAAGGGCUGCUAAAAUGAUAUUUUGUAUUUUAGCAUUUGCUGUUGGCAGCUACCAAGGUGUGUGGUUAUUUUCCUCCCACUCCCAUGAGUCCUUAGCGUGGAUCUCCUCCUCUGGCUGGUAUGAACAUGGUGGCAGGACUAAGAAAUAAUUUAGACUCUUGCCCUUGACGUAGCCUUCUAAAAGGGAACAUGAAAAAGCAGCAAGUCUUUGCUUUUACUUUGAAUGAAGAUGCUUUAGGCCUUGUGCCAUUUAGAGGGGAUGCUACCAGGAGAUUGUGAGUGUUGUGAAGCAGGCUUGGUCUAAGCAACUGCUGGUGCUCCCUGUCACCGCAGGUGAACUCUUGUGGUCUCUUGGAGAGGAGAUUGCUCUCUGCAAAUACCUCUGGUUUAUUCUGAGGCUCUAAGUACACACACAAAAGGAAAGAUGCUCACUGUGGCCAUUUCGCAUUUAUAUAGGUACUGUCUAGGCAUAUACGACUCAAUUCUUGGGGGAAGAGGGGAUUAAUAUUAUCUGGGAUCACUGGGAACCCAGAUCAGACAGAUGCAAUAACUUGAAUAAGUUACAUUUUCCAAUCACUCUUUUCCAGCCCUGUAGAAAGAAAAUAAUGUGUUUUGAUGGGUAUUUUCCUUACUGGAGCAUAUUAAGUAUAUCUCAGAUGAGUAAAAGUUUGCUAAGGUGUGUAAAACUGAGUAUCCUUGAAUAAAAAUAACUAGAAAUUGAACCUAACGUUAAAAAAUAAAUUCAACUGGACUUGAAUGGUGGAUGAUCAGAGCUUCCUCCUGGGUCUACAGUAUUUGCAUCUCCAUUUUAAAUUCAUAAUUUGUGCUGAUUUGCAGUUACUUUCCAAGAAGGGAGCAGUGAGAAAAGAUGCUUAAAACUUUUUCUCCAUAACCCUCCAAUAUUUCUGGGACACUUAAGCUUGCUUUCACUUUGUGAAAGGAGAUGAGAAAACUCUAGUAUGUUUGUUGACAGAGUAAUCACCUUGCUUUCACUGCUCAAAACAGUUUUAGGAUUCCUUUUCUAGUGUAACCUUUAGGGAGAACAUGAACACACAGGAAAUGUGUCUUUUGAGUAUUAGUAGACGUGAAUAAGUAGCAUUUUGCUGACCCAUUACAAGGCACUUCGGGCACAGAGUUUCAUCAUGCUGGCUUUUCUCCCCCUGAUAGAAGCCAGGCUUUAUACUUUGGAGGGAUCAGUGCAUGUUUGUUGAACUGGCCAAAAUACUUUCAGUGAUGGCAAGUUUUUUGUCCUUUGAAAGCAAAUCAAUUUGUUGUAGCUAAUUCUGGCGAAAAAUGUUAAAUUGGAGGGAUGUCUUUUGGGGGCAAAACCAGCUUGUAACUAUGAGGUGGAAAUGAUUUUGUCAUCAGCACUUGAUAUCUGUUCUGCCCGUGCCUCAGCAGCAGCUUCUAGCACAUACGUAGAGCAUCUGGCACUGUCCUAGCCCGGGGCUAGUUCCUAAUCCAUGGGGAUUCUAUUCCCAUUUAUAGCUGGAAAGCAGGUGGACACCAUGAUUUGUGUCACCUAGGGAGGGUGAUCUAUUAUUAGGGGAGUGCUGCUAGAAAAAUUUGCACUCUUCUGUUUUUGGUUAUUACUUCCAUAUAUAUUUCCAAAAAUGCUUUCAACUUUAUACUUUCAGAAAAGUGUUUUUAAUUAAGAGAAAUAUGUGGUAAGGACUAAUAAAUAAAGUACUCUUUUCUUCACUAAAUUCGAAGUAAGGAAGAGAACUAAAGUAAGGGGUUUCUUAUUAAGGAAACCUAAUGUGAGUGUGAACAUCAUAUAUAUGAAAAAGUGUCAGAUAAGGCAAUAGAGUUAGAGGGUCAUGAGUAGUGGAUGAUGAUGUGAGGCAUUUUGGAAACUUUCUGGAAGAAAACAGUUUUUGUGUUUUUCCUAAUAAACCUCCAUGUCCUACAAGAACUUGGUUACAUAAUGGUGCAUUUCUGAAUCGUUGAUUAAAACCAGUUGCUUCUGAUAUUAGUCAUAGGUUUUACCACUAUUCAGCUCCCCCGCCCUCAUGUUUCAUUACUUUUCUUAAGGCAAACUAUCAACAUUUUUUAAAUUUUAAAAGUAGAAUUUUUAAGUAAGUAAAAUAUAUUUUAAGCCAUUGUUCUGUCAGCUAACGUGUUUGGUCUGAGAGGGCCUAACUUCCCAUGCUCUUUGUGAUCGUGUAUAGUCUGUACACAAACUUCAGUAUGUAUGGUAAACUUGUGUCCCUGUGAAAUGUAUAUAGAAUGAUUUCUUUAGGAAUAUGUUCUACUUCUGUAUGUCCCUUUGUAGUCUGCAGUUGCUUACUCAGGGGUUUCAUAGUAAUGACAUAAAAAAUUUUAUCAACUGUCUAAUGAUACUUUAAGACUGUUUAUCUAUUAUAAGGUUGUUAGAGUCCUUUCAACAAUUCCAUAAACAUACUGUUUAUUAACCCUUCCCUGUAAAUGUUACCAAUUCCCAUCCUGUCUCAGUCAAUUGUCCUGUGUACAGUGGCCAUUUGCAUGAUUUCCUGUUGCACUGCCGCAUUCAGGCAUUCCAGGGCAUGAUUAAACAGUCAUUGACGUGCCUCUCUGGUACAGUUGACGCAUGCAUUGAUCUUUCUCCUCUGCUGUUUAUGUAUAGCCUUUAAUUAAAAAGAAAAAAAUGCCACUACUCUGCAAUGCAAAAAUUUUCAAAAUUCUUUGGUUACCCUUUAUUAAUCAUUUCUCUUUCAGAGUGAGCAAAUGUUUUUAGCUAAGCUAUGUGAGAACCUAAGAACAAUAUCCUGCUUGUUUUAAAUAUUUCAUGUAUUUUAAAGUGUGGUCAGUAUUUCCUCCCUGUACCUUGCAAACGGAAACUUCCCUGGGUUGUUGGUUGGUGCCCUUUGCAAAGCUGACCUCAUCCACACAGACUCCCAUGUAUGUGUGUUUAUUUAUAGGUGUAUCUGGAGUCAGUGGUGAUAAGAAGGGUGAUCUAGAAGUAAUUCUGUGGCUUCUUAGAAAGCUAAUGAGCCAGUUUCAUGGCAUGUUUAAUGUGUAAUUCCCAUGUAUCAUUGGAAUUUCACUAGAAUGUCAUUAAACAGCCCAACUACCUCACGUGAAAUUGGCUGUGGACAAUCUGUGUCAAAUGAGAAAUGUGUUCAGAUAAAUUUAUUCUGGUUAAUAGAUUUAAGAAGUUGAGUCUAUAUAAAGAAGAAACAUGUUAGACCAGAUGCCAAAGGCUAAAAUGUACAUAGAUUUCUUUACAUCAACUUUUAAGUUAAUGUUUAAUUCCACGCACAGUAUUCUUAUGAAUGUUUGUGGUUUCAUACAUUCAUGCACUCAGAAUCUCGGUGACAUGCACUCUUACACGUUACCUGUUUUUGUUCGUAAGCAUUUUGAAUGAGCAUCGUAAUGACAGUAGAAAGCAAGUUAAACUACAAGUGUCAAGUGGUUUGUUGACUUCCUAAUGGACCAUUACUUAGAAUAUAAUGUGUUGGGGCCUUUUAGGACCAACCAAUGAAUGAGAAUUUCAUAGCUAGGUUUGUAUUGUUUAUCUGUUCAAGUUUUUAUUCUAUAUUUUGUGGGGAGGGGUGAUGGGAGGGCCUUACUUUUUUUGCAAAAAUGUUUGAAAACAUCUGUCAAAUUUUAUAUUCAUUAGUUAUAAUAAACUUAUUUUUAAAGUAUU